AUGCACUUCAAAAGUAAUGGCACAUUUCACUUACUAUAAAUUCGAGUGGCGAAAUUCUGACGAAUCAGUGCAAGUCACCUAACGCUACAGCAAGCUACAAAGACACUACACUCCAGAACGACGACGAAAUUCAGCCAACGAAGUAGGAAAAACGCACGACAAAAUGUUGAAGUUAACAAUAAGUUUGAUCAUCGUCCUGGUACUGAUGGUCACAGCCAAUGCCAAACAGGAUCCACACGACUUCUUUGCACCCAGAUUUGAACGUACAAAUAUGUUGGCUAACGGUAUGGCAGUUGAUAAUUCCGCUGUGCCCGUGGAAGAGCUCGAUCCGAACUUUUGGCGUAAAUCGGCGAAUGAUGAAAUUAGAAAACGUCUGGCCGAUAAACCGAAUACCAACAGAGCUAAGAAUGUCAUCUUCUUCCUUGGUGAUGGUAUGUCGCUGAGCACGGUUACCGCGGCGCGUAUACUCAAGGGACAGCGUGAGGGUAGACCCGGUGAGGAGUCACAAUUGAGCUUUGAAAAAUUCCCAUACACCGGCUUGAGCAGGACCUAUUGUGCCAAUGCUCAAGUACCCGAUUCGGCUUGCACCUCUACCGCUUACCUUACAGGCGUUAAAACCAAUAUCCUCUCUUUGGGUAUCGGUCCAAAUGUGAACUACAAUGACUGUGAUGGUUCAAUGGAUCCGGCUAAUGAUCUCACAUCUCUCUACGAUUGGGCUCAGGCUGCUGGUAAGUCUACCGGUUUCAUUACUACAACCACACUAACACACGCCAGUCCGACCGGUGGUUAUGCGCAUGUUGCGAAUCGCAUGUGGGAGUCCGAUACGGAUGUACGCAAACAUCUCGGCGAUGAUUACACACCUGCUUGUAAAGAUAUUGCACAACAAUUGGUCACUGAAGAACCGGGACGUAAAUUGGAUUUCAUAAUGGGUGGUGGUAUUGGUAAAUUUUUACCCAAAACCAUGAUUGAUCCAUUCGGUAAGCCCGGUGAACGUUCAGAUGGUAAGAAUUUACUCUCCGAAUGGCAACGCAGACAUCAAGGUGGCGUCUUCGUUAGCAAUCGUAAACAGAUGAACGCAAUCAAUCUUGAAAAAACCACCAGCAUUUUGGGUAUCUUCCAAUCGAAAUUGAUGAACUAUCAUCAUCAUGCCACCGAGGGUGAGCCCACCUUAUCCGAAAUGACCGAAAAGGCAAUCAAGUUUUUGAGUAAGAACAAGAAUGGUUACUUCGUCUUCAUUGAGGGUGGUCUCAUCGAUUAUGGUAAUCACGCAAAUACGCCCGGUAUCAGUCUUGAUGAGACUAUUGAACUUGAGAAGGCUGUCGAGUUGGCGCGUCGUUUGACAGAUCCCGAAGAUACGCUCAUCGUCGUCUCUGCUGAUCACGCUCAUCCUCUGAGUAUCUCCGGUUAUCCCGAACGUGGCAAUGAUAUUUUGAAUGUCAACAAAAUCGGCUAUGAUAAGUUCGGUGUACACUAUGCCACGCUCAACUAUGCUGCUGGUCCUCAGCAAUAUCUCGAUGAGUAUGGCAAUCGCAUCGAAUUGGAGGGUAAAUUUGGCAGCCCAGAUUUCAUCUUCCCCAGUUACAUUACCGCUGACAGUGGUGUGCAUGGUGGUGAUGAUGUGGGUGUGUAUGCCUCCGGCCCGUGGGAGCAUCUCUUCCGUGGUGUAGUCCAACAGAAUACUCUACCACACAUGAUGGCUUAUGCCGCCUGUAUUGGUAACGGCGCUAAGGCUUGUGAUUAAGUGCCAGGCACUUGAGUCGUUUUCAGUAUGUCCGUCCCAUGCAAACAUAUCUGACGAGAUAAAUACAUGCAAUUAUAAUAGUAACAUUUAUGACAGCCGUCCACCGAGCAACUGAAUUAAUCGCAAUCAAAUUAACGUUUAGCCGCUAAACAUUAAAGUUGCUAAGCAUGAUAAUUCUAAAAAGAUAAUACUCGGUUAUUAUUAUUUCUAUGUAUGUACAAUAUUGAAAUAAAGAGUUUAAAAUGUAA